UCGAAGGGACUCUAACGUCAUCAAGGUUUCAUCCUUUUACGCUCCGCCGUACAAAUGGGGAGCAUCGUCAGAAGGCCGUCAAACCUAACGGCAGCAGCCGUCCGGUUUCGACUUGCUCCGUUAUUACCGUUCUCCGGAAGUUCUGGUUCCGUUAACUCGGACACGACUCGUUGCUCCGAGUUAAUUCGAGUGCCGAGUUUAGUCGAAGGCUGCGACUACAAGCACUGGCUGGUGCUCAUGAAGCCUCCCAACGGAUACCCACCCCGAAACGACAUCGUACAAGGCUUUAUCAGAACGCUCGCCAUGGCUCUAGGGAGGUUAUAAAAGCCUAGGGAGACUAAGAAACCUGCAGAUUCUGGAUCUCUCUUUUAAUACAUUCAAUAGCAGUAUCUUUCCCUUUCUUAAUUCUGCUACAUCAGUCACAACUCUUUUUCUUCGGUGUAACUACAUGGAUGGCCCUCUUCCUGCUAAAGAACUUAAAGAUUUGACAAUCUUGGAAGUGCUGGAUCUCAGUGAAAACAGAUUUAGUGGCUCCAUACCAGUUACAAGAGUUAUCUGCCCUCAGGAAGCUGAAAUCUUUGAAUCUACAUCAUAACCAAUUUUCUGCACCAAUGGGAUCGCAAGGUUAUAAAAGCUUAAGAAGAUUAAGAAACUUGGAGAUCGUGGAUCUGUCUGAAAAUGCAUUCACCAACAGCAUAUUUCCCUUUCUUAGUGCUGCUACCUCACUUAAAUCUCUGUUUCUUGGGAACAACCGCAUGGUUGGCUCUUUUCCAGUUGACGAACUUAAAUAUUUGACAAACUUGGAACUGCUGGACCUUCGUAUCAACAGAUUUAAUGGCUCUACACCAGUACAAGAGGUAUCUGCCCUGAGGAAACUUAACGCUCUAGAUUUGAGUGAUAAUGAAUUUUCUAGCUCAACAGAAUUGCAAGGAAUUUGCAAAAUGAAGAAUAUGCAAGAGCUUGAUCUCAGUGGAAACAAACUAGUAGGAAACCUUCAAUCUCUCAAGUACUUAUCAUUGGUUGAUAACAACUUUGACAAUCUCUCCAAGCUGAGGGUGUUAAUACUUGGUUCAAAAUCUAAAUCAUUUCAAGUAGAGUCAAAAAGUUUUUGGAAGCCAAAAUUUCGACUAAGUCAUAUUGCACUACCAUCUUGCAACUUGGAGAAGGUUCCUCAUUUCCUCCAAUACCAGAAGGAUUUAAGUCACAUUGAUCUUUCUGACAAUAAAAUUUCUGGAAUUUUUCCUCAUUGGCUAUUGGUAAACAAUACAAAACUCGAAAGUCUCCUUCUGCAAAAUAAUUCAUUUACUAGCUUUCAGUUACCAUAAUCUGUUCAUAAGCUGCGUCUUCUGGAUGUAUCAGUUAAUAACUUCAAUCAUUUUCUUCCGGAGAACAUUGGAUGGGUACUUCCUCAUUUAGAGUAUAUGAAACUAGCUAAUAAUGGUUUUCAAGGAAAUCUGCCAUCUUCUAUGGGUAACAUGAAAAGUAUUAGUUAUCUGGAUAUAUCUCACAACAGCUUCAACGGGGAACUACCAAGAAGCUUUGUAAUGGGUUGUUAUUCCAUAUAUUCCUUAACAUUGUCACAUAACAAACUAAGUGGAGAGGUGUUUCAAGAAUCCGCCAACUUUACUGUUAUAUGGGAUCUUUCCAUGGAAAACAAUAUGUUUACUGGAAAGAUUGGAGAACGUCUGCCGGACAUGAAAAGCUUGAAACGGCUUGACAUUUCAAACAACAAUCUCAUGGGCGUUAUUCCAAGAUGGAUUGGCGAACUUCCAGACUUACGAGAGCUACAUGUUUCAAACAACUCGUUGGAAAGUGAGAUACCUAUUUCGUUGUUCACCAUACUGUAAAGAAGAUAUCUCAUUGAUACUUUGUAUAUUGAUGAUUCUCUGUAAUUAUAGUUUUCCA